UACACCUCAUUUAACCCGCGCAUCGGCAUUUAGCUUCGACACGUAGUGUCCUACGCCACGCCAUUCAUAGAUUAGGUAUGACUGACGCCUAAGACAUGGCCCCACUCAUCUCCAUUCCAUCUCUCCGCAAGCAGGAUCCUCGGUACAAGGGAAGGGAAUCACGGCUGAAUGCGGAUAUCUAUAAAGAUGAUGUCGGAUCUCAAUGACAUCCCACUUCCCCCGCCCCCACUGCGACAUCUCUGACUACCAUUCCUCCCUCCCUCCUUCUGCUACGCCCCAGAUUAAAGCAUCCUCCCACGGAAAGCACUCACUUACCCCUCCAAUUUCAUCUCAAUUGAACCAUAUUCCAUCUACAAAACGGUCAAGAUGUCUCCAAUCGCUGUGCAACCUACAACAGCGACCACAUCUACCACUACCACAACUGUCCUCCCUACCUCCAUUGAGACGCCCCCGACUCAUCCAGACCUAAUCCGAGUCGAUCGUGGCACCAAGGCCUUUUCUUCCAGUGCGGUGUCCCUCGUCGCACUGCCCGCCGGCUCCCUCUUCGCCAAGAUUACCACAGCCACGCCCUCCAAGAAAGCAUACACCUCUGUCCAGACCGGCGCUAACAGCCACAUCGAGCUGAACUCGGAUCUUGUGUAUUGCAACCACUCAUGCAACCCAUCGCUGAACUUCGACAUGGGCAAGAUGGAGGUCCGAGUCGUCGAUGAUCGCGACCUGAAGGUGGGCGACCAGCUCACGUUUUUCUAUCCCAGCAGUGAGUGGGAUAUGGAUCAGCCUUUCCAGUGCAACUGUGGAGCUGGAGAGGGCAUUUGCAAAGGGUUGAUCAAUGGGGCGAAGAAGAUGGACCGGAAGGAUUUGGAGGGAUACUGGUUGAACGACCACAUCAAGGAGUUAUUGCAGGAGAGGAGCUCUUCGUAAUCUAGAAAACCAUGUAUGAUGAUAUGAAAGGGUGCAGACUGGGGUGGAAGCUGG